AUGGGUGCAUCAGGAUUAGGUUCUGCUUUAGUAAAUUGCAUUAAUCUCUCAAAUUUAACUCUUAUCCUUACUGUCAAUUAAAUUGGUGACUAAGGUGCAUCAAGCUUAGGUUCUGGUUUAGCAAAAUGCAUUAAUCUCUCAAAUUUGACACUUGACCUUUAUGACAAUUAAAUAGGUGCAAUCGGAGCAUCAGGCUUAGUUUAUGCUAUAGCAAAUUGCACUAAUCUCUUAAAUUUGACACUUAAACUUAAGGAAAAUAAAAUUGGUGAUGAGGGUACAUCAUGCUUAGUUUCUGGCUUAGGAAAGUGCACUAAUCUCUCAAAUUUAACACUUCAUCUUUAGAGCAAUAAUAUUGGUUCAACUGGUGCAUCAGGCUUAGGUUCUGGUUUAGGAAAGUGUACGAAUCUCUCAAAUUUAAAACUUCAUCUUUAUUAAAAUCUAAUUUGUGAUGAAGGUGCAUUAGGCUUAGGUUCUGGUUUAGGAAACUGCACCAAUCUAUCAAAUUUGACACUUCAUCUAAGUUACAAUUAAAUUGGUGACGAAGGGGCAUCAGGCUUAUGCUUUGGUUUAGGAAAGUGUACUAAUCUCUCAAAUUUAACACUUUAUCUUUAGAGGAAUAAAAUUGGUGAAAUUAAAGCAUCUCACUUAGGUUCUGGUUUGGGAAAUUGCACUAAUCUCUCAAAUUUGAUACUUGAUCUUGAUUAUAAUUAAAUUGGUGCAGUUGGUGUAUCAGAUUUAGGUUCUGGUUUAGGAAAGUGCACUAAACUCUCUAAUUUGACAAUUAAUCUAAGGGAAAAUAAAAUUGGUGAUGAUGGAGCAUCAGGAUUAGGUUCUGGUUUAGGAAAGUGCAUUAAUAUCUCAAAUUUAACACUUGAUCUUUAUUACAAUUAAAUCGGUGAUGAAGGUGCAACAGGCUUAACCUCUGGUUUAGAAAAGUGUGCUAAUCUCUCAAACUUAACACUUCAUCUUUAUCACAAUUAAAUUGGCGCAAUUGGUGCAUUAGGUUUAGGUUCUGGUUUAGGAAAGUGCACUAAUCUCUCAAAUUUGACACUUCAUUUAAGAGAAAAUGAAAUUGGUGAUGAAGGUGCAUUAAACUUAGGUUCAGGUUUAGGAAUGACCACUAAUCUCUCAAAUUUGACACUCAAUCUAAGUGAAAAUUAAAUUGGUGACGAAGGGGGAUCAGGCUUAGGUUCUGGUUUACGAAAGUGCACUAAUCUCUAAAAUUUGAUACUUUAACUUUGGGACAACAAAAUCAACGAACCAUAUUAAUUGAAAGUAAAGUGUCUCAAGUCAAAAAAAUUAGUUACCUUAGAAAUAAUAUAUAAGUGA